AUGGGUGCUGGAGUAUUAGUUUCUUCAACAAAUGGAAGGCAAUAUGAGGGGAAGGUCACACCAUUUGUGUUUGUCACAUGUUUGGUCGCAGCCAUGGGAGGUCUUCUUUUUGGUUAUGAUCUUGGUAUUACAGGAGGAGUGACUUCCAUGGAACCAUUUUUGGUUAAAUUCUUCCCCAGUGUUUACAAGAAAAUGAAAGAUGAAUCUAGACAUGAUAGCAAUUAUUGCAAAUUUGACAACCAACUCCUUACUUUGUUCACAUCUUCCUUGUAUAUUGCGGCGUUAAUAGCGUCUUUCUUUGCUUCCACUACUACAAGAGUGUUUGGACGCAAGAUCUCAAUGUUUGCAGGUGGCUUGUUUUUCCUUGUUGGUGCAUUGCUGAAUGGUUUGGCUGUCAAUGUUGGAAUGCUUAUCAUCGGUCGCCUAUUGCUUGGUUUUGGUGUAGGAUAUUGUAAUCAGUCUGUUCCAGUGUAUUUGUCUGAAAUGGCUCCGACAAAGAUGAGAGGUGCGCUUAACAUUGGAUUCUCAAUGAUGUGUACAAUUGGAAUCCUAGUUGCAAAUCUUAUUAACUACGGGACUUCCAAGCUUGAGAAUGGAUGGAGAAUUUCUUUGGGCCUUGGAGCCGUUCCAGCAGUCAUGUUGUGUGUAGGAUCUUUUUUCUUAGGUGACACACCAAACUCUUUGAUUGAAAGAGGUCAAACAGAAGGAGCUAAGGAAAUGUUGCAAAAGAUUCGUGGCAUUGAUAAUGUUGACGAGGAGUUUCAAGAUCUAAUCGAUGCUAGCGAGGAAGCCAAAAAGGUGGAGCACCCAUGGAAAAAUAUUACACAAACAAGAUACAGGCCUCAACUCACUUUUUGCUCUCUCAUUCCAUUCUUCCAACAACUCACCGGAAUCAAUGUUAUCAUGUUUUAUGCACCUGUCCUUUUCAAAACUCUGGGCUUUGGAAAUGAUGCUUCUCUCAUUUCUGCAGUAAUUAGCGGAGGUGUUAAUGUUGUUGCUACUUUAAUUUCCAUCUAUACGGUGGACAAAUUUGGACGAAGGACUUUGUUCCUUGAAGGCGGUAUCCAAAUGUUUAUUUGCCAGAUUGCUGUUGGAAGUAUGAUUGCUAUCAAACUUGGAGUUAGCGGUGAAGGCUCGUUUACAAAAACUGAAGCUGAUCUUCUCUUAGUCUUUAUAUGUCUAUAUGUUGCGGCAUUUGCAUGGUCUUGGGGUGCGCUGGGAUGGUUAGUUCCCAGUGAAAUAUGCUCUCUUGAAGUCCGAUCUGCAGGUCAAGCUACCAAUGUUGCAGUGAACAUGUUGUUCACCUUUAUCAUUGCUCAAGUUUUUCUUACCAUGCUUUGUCACUUGAAGUUUGGACUUUUCUUCUUCUUUGCUGGCUUUGUGCUCAUCAUGUCAAUUUUCGUUGCCUUGUUUCUUCCUGAGACAAACAACGUUCCCAUUGAAGAAAUGAAUAAAGUGUGGAAGUCUCAUUGGUUUUGGAAAAAGUUUGUUUCUAAUGUUGUCAUUGAUCAUGGCCAGAAGGCUAUUGCUUGA